UUGUGUCGUUGUUUAGUCACUAAAUAAUCACACGUCAUACGUUGUCAUACUGAGUUGUACGUACGUGUCGAAUUUGGUGUUAUACAUAUUAAUUAUUAUAUCAACGUAAAAAUUACAAAAAUGUCAGACGUAAGGAAUUGGAUUAAUUCUUUACCAAUUUUUACAAGAUAUUGGCUAUUAUGUACAAUAGUUUGCACAUUAGUUGGAAGAUUCGGGUUAAUAAAUCCGACUUCACUAAUACUUAUAAACGAACGGUUUAUAAACAAUUUUGAAAUAUGGAGAGCAGCCACCAGUGUGUUUUUCUACCCUUUAAAUCGGGGUUCGGGAUUUCAUUUUUUGAUUAACUGUUAUUUCUUAUAUAAUUAUUCGUUGAGGUUAGAACGUGGAGAAUACGAUGGACGACCAGCAGAUUAUUGUUUCUUACUCUUAUUCAACUGGAUAUGCUGCGUUAUCAUAGGAGUUAUUGGUGAAUUACAUAUUCUUAUGGAUCCUAUGGUACUCAGCAUAUUAUACGUUUGGUGUCAAUUGAAUAAAGAUGCUAUUGUUAAUUUCUGGUUUGGUACACAAUUUAAAGCAGUAUACUUGCCAUGGGUAUUGUUUGCAUUUAAUCUCAUUAUCUCUGGAGGUGGCAUGAUGGAACUUUUUGGUAUUCUAGUGGGGCAUCUUUAUGUGUUUUUAAAAUUCAAAUAUCCUCAAGAACUCGGUGGACCUGAAUUAUUAAAUACUCCAAAAAUUCUUGAAUCUUAUUUUCCAUCUCAAAGAGGUAAUAUCAGAUGGUUUGGAGCUGCUCCUACGCAAAGAACACAAACACAACAAGCUAGAAAUACAUUUGGUGGUCAUAAUUGGGGACGAGGAUAUGUUUUAGGAGACUGAAUUGUUAAACCUAUUAUAGGGAAAUGUCUUUUGAUAUUAAAAUCUUUUCCAUUA